AUGUGGGCAGGACUCUGUGACCAGGAGAAAUCCCUGACCGGUGGUGCUGGUCACGACAACGACGUCCAUGGGAACCACCUGUCCUAUUGGGGGCACUGUCAAGGUCAAGCCACACCUGCCGACUUCAUCUGGAGUUUCGAUGGCACCGAGUUGCAGAUAGAAGAGGCCCAUGAUGUUGCAAGAUGUUCUUUCAAUCAUACUCUUUGUUUGCUCGUCUCUCGCCUCGCGGCCAGCGGCAGCGUCGGCGAUGAGGGUAUGCAGUUCACGUACAACGGCUUCGCCGGCGUGAACCUGACGCUGGACGGCGCGGUGGUCAUGCCGAACGGCCUCCUCAUGCUGACCAACGGCACCAUACAGACGAAAGGCCAGGCCUUCCACCCGUGGCCGCUUCCGUUCCGCACGGCGCCGAACGCCACACGGUCCUUCUCGACCACUUUCGUCUUCGCUAUCUUCGGGCAGUACUCCGAUCUGAGCAGCCAUGGCGUGGCCUUCUUCGUCUCCGCGUCCAAGGAGGUGCUCUCCACUGCGCUGCCAAGCCAGUUCUUGGGCCUGCUCAACAGCACCGAUGUCGGCAACCAGAGCGCCCACAUCUUCGCCGUGGAGCUGGACACCAUCUUCAACGCCGAGUUCCGUGACAUCAACAGCAACCACGUCGGCAUCGACGUCAACAGCCUCGUGUCCCUCGAUUCCACCGACGCCGGGUACUACGACGACGGCACCGGGCGCUUUCAGAAUCUAAACCUCAUCAGCCGGAAGGCCAUGCAAGUGUGGGUGGACUACGACGGGACGGCCACGGAGAUCACAGUGACCAUGGCUCCCCUGGGCAUGGCCAGACCCAAGAAGCCCCUUCUGCAGACCACCGUCGACCUCUCGGGUGUGGUGCAAAGCACGGCGUACGUCGGUUUCUCAUCGGCGACGGGCAUCCUGACCACACGCCACUUCGUCGUCGGUUGGAGCUUCGCGCUGGGCGGGCCAGCCCCGGCGCUGGACAUCCCGGCUCUGCCGGCCUUGCCGCGGGCCUGGCCAAAGCCGCGGUCCAAGGUGCUGGAAAUCGUGCUCCCCAUAGCGUCGGCGGCGCUGGUUCUCGCUGUAGGCAUCGGGAUUUACGUCUCUGUGCAGCGGAGAUCGCAAGCAUCGGACGGCUUCGGCACCGCAAUCUCGUGCCGUUGCUUGGUUACUGCCGGCGCAAAGGGGAACUUCUCCUGGUUUACGACGGCCUGAGUGACCACGGCCUCGCGCGCCUUCGUGGUCGCCCCGACCACGAACCUGGCGACCGCAACUGUAGUACUAGUAAUGAAGAAGGGCGACCGAUCUGCCAGCUUCUUUUGGACCGCCAGCAAAGCAAGGGCGGGCGCGGGCGCGCGGCUGUACGUGCACCCGAGACACAUGCACAAUUAACUCCGUCCUUUCUUUUCGAUGCCCCGCGCCGCCUAAUUAACUC